AUGAAAGCAAUCUCCCCAACCCGCGCCCCUGCCACAAUCGGCCCCUACGUGCACGCCAUCGUGCACAAAGACCUCGUCUUCACAACAGCCUGCAUCCCACUCGACCCAGAGAGUAUGAAACUGGUCCCCGGCGACGCCGAAACGCAACUCCGACGCAUCUUCGAGAAUCUCAAGAUUAUUCUCGGGGAGGCGGGGACCACGCUGGACCGGAUUAUCAAGCAGAAUGUGUACUUGACGGACUUUGAGGGGCAGUUUGAGGCGUUCAAUAAAGUUUCCAGGGAGUAUUUGGGGGAGCAUAAGCCUGCGAGGGCGACGAUGAGGGUUUUGGGGUUGCCGAAGGGGGCGGAGAUGGGGGUUGAUGUUGUUGUUGCUAUGCCGGAGUGA